AAGUCCCGGAGGGUACAAUGUUCGCUAAACUCUUCCAGCAGUGGAGUUUUGCAGUGUUCCUGCUGAGUUAUUCCGUGCCCUCCUACGGGAGAUCAGUAGAGGGGAUCAGCCGCAGACUCAAACGGGCUGUAUCAGAGCACCAGCUAUUGCAUGACAAGGGCAAGUCAAUCCAAGACUUACGAAGAAGAAUAUUCCUUCAAAAUUUAAUCGAAGGCGUCAACACUGCAGAGAUCCGUGCAACAUCAGAGGUGUCACCUAACCCUAAACCUGCCACCAACACGAAGAACUACCCUGUCCGGUUUGGCAGUGAAGAUGAGGGUAGAUACCUAACUCAGGAGACAAACAAAUCACAGACCUACAAGGAGCAGCCCCUGAAGGUCUCAGGGAAGAAAAAGAAAGCAAAGCCUGGAAAACGUAAGGAACAAGAGAAGAAAAAGAGGCGAACCCGCUCAACUUGGCUAAAUUCUGGCAUGUACGGAGACAUCGUGACUGAGAGCCCACUCUUGGACAUCUCUGUUACUACACAUAAUCAAACUUUAAGGUAAUUUUGUUAUAUUCUUUUGGAGAGCAUGCCAUGUAUUUAACUGAAGUUGUUAUCCCUUGGUGUGAGAGGCCAAGGCCAAGGCCUGGCUCACGCUGGG